AAUAGUGAACACAAAGCCAGCCGCUUCAAGACGGCCACUAAAUACCCACAAAACCACACUUUUCUCAGCCGGCUCUCCUCUCUAAUUUGCCACCCUACUUACUUACCCCUCACCUCCACCCCACCCCACCCCACUACCCCCCCUUCUCCAUUUUCCCAAACUAUACAUAUUCCUUCCUCUUCUCAUUGGAGGGAGUCAAGUCUUUUUCUUUUGGACGUUUAACAAAGUUCAUGAUCAAUUUUCAUGGCGAAAUCUUCAAAACGAAAGAAUAGUACCGCCGCCGCCACCACGACUUCCCAUAACAACAACGACAACUGUACCACCAAGACCAAACGACGGAGGAAAAGCGUCCCCAGGGAGUCUCCACAGCAACGUAGCUCAAUUUACAGGGGCGUUACCAGGCACCGGUGGACAGGUCGCUAUGAAGCUCAUUUGUGGGAUAAGAAUUGCUGGAAUGAGUCCCAAAACAAGAAAGGAAGACAAGUAUACUUAGGGGCCUACGAUGAGGAAGAAGCAGCUGCACAUGCAUAUGACUUGGCUGCCUUGAAGUAUUGGGGGCACGACACAAUCUUAAAUUUCCCUCUUUCCACUUAUCAAAAUGAGCUCAAGGAGAUGGAGGGCCAAUCCAAAGAAGAAUACAUUAGUGCAUUGAGAAGAAAAAGCAGCGGGUUUUCUAGAGGAGUAUCAAAGUAUAGAGGCGUAGCAAGACACCAUCACAAUGGGAGAUGGGAAGCUCGGAUUGGUAGAGUUUUUGGCAACAAAUAUCUUUACCUUGGGACAUAUGCUACUCAAGAAGAAGCUGCGACUGCAUACGACAUGGCAGCCAUAGAGUACCGUGGGCUUAACGCCGUCACCAAUUUUGACCUCAGUCGUUACAUUAAGUGGCUCAAGCCUGAUCACCCAAACCCUGGCGCUGAUGGUAUAAAGUCAAACGAUGACGAAACCCACACGAAAACGUCCGAGACCACCACCGCUGCAGUACUGCCUCGUCCGGCCACCACGUCGUCGUCGUCGGCCCUAGGGCUUCUGCUGCAGUCCUCCAAGUUCAAGGAGAUGCUGGAGCUGCAAACAGCUGCAGGCUAUGGCAGCCCUUCGGAGCCGGACCCUCCGCGCCGCAGCUUCCCGGACGACAUACAGACAUCGUUCGAUUUUCAAGAUUUGAGCAGCUUUGCUGAGGAACACGACGUUAUGUUCGGUAACUAUGAACCACUGGCGCCGCCCAUGUUCCACUAUGGCCUCGACGCUUAACUCCUCACGGAGAAUUAAACGGACCAAAUUUUAUCACAAAGAAUUGCACUUGACAUAUAUAUACUCAUUCAAAAAUGCUUCUCUUCUAUAUUAAGCAUAGAAGAAGAGAUUUUUUGCACCAUUUAUUUAUUAUAUUUGACAUCUAUUAAUUAAUAAAAUUACUGCU